AGAGUAGUUGCAGUGGUGGGAUGGUCUGAGGUUUUUCCCAGUGGAGUGACUGGUCCUUGAUCGUGGUCCUGGACCUGUGGCUCUGUCCAGUCUGUCCCUGGCUACUGGAUGCCAGGUGGAUUGCCAGGUCACCAUGAUGCCCUGGAAGAUGGUCAUUGUUGCACUAUUCUACUGCAAUAUCAACACAUGUGCCACUUAUCGGCAUAACAAAGUCCUUUACCCAUCAACUGUUCGAGUGAAGAGAGGGAUGGCAUCAAUGGUGAACCCCACUUUUCAGAACUCCAUAGAGGAUGUCAAUUUACUAUUUGAGAUCCUGCUGGCUGGCCUGCAGUUUGGAGACGAGCACACUCUGUUCUCCGUGCAGGACGAGGAGUUGGCCUCCCUGCGGAAGACCAAAAAGCUGGAAGUCAUCUGCGAGGACAUCCUGCCCAAAACACUCUCUGAUAUCCGUCGCCUGACCUCUGACCUUUCCAAUCACAUGGGCCACCUGCGCCUGGAGGACUUUGAGCGCACUGUGCUGACCAUGGUGUACACCGCCCAGCGGCUGGCCAACGCUACCACAAACCAGCAGAGAGACUUGUGGGCAGAGUCCUUUGUCAGUUUGUACAGAGCUAUCAAGCUGGACCUGACAGCUGAGAACGACCUCACAGCUAAAUGAUAUCGCAAUGUUGGGGAUUGAUACUAUACUGAUACAUAUCACUGCCUUUAUUUCCAGAUCUCUAUUGGAGAAGGAAUUUCUCUCAUUUUCUAUUAUUCAUUAUAGAUACGAUGUUUCAGCAUGAUUUUCUUGGCAACCCUUGAGGACUAUCGUAUCACAUGGACUCAAAAUUAAAGUUUCUGAGAUAUACUUUAAUCCUCUUGCUGUUUUUUAUAUGCAGUGGGACAAUACAUUUCUUUGAUUUAUUUCUAACUUUUUUAAAGGUUUAUUAGUAGUGUUACCCUGAACUAAAUUGGAAAUGCGGAGAAAUCAGUAUGCUUACAUUCAUUUUAAAAAAUCUAGGUUUUUCUUUAAAAAGCACCAAUUUUUGUAAAAUUCGUAUACAGUUCUUAUACAUUGUGUUAUCAUUAAAUACAAGAUCCACUGAAAAUAAAAAAAUAUGAACAAUGUACAACAUUUCCAAGCUUUGAAAGAAUAUGUUUCACAGCAAAAAUGUAUUCACACCCCAAAAAGCCAAAAGAUCCCUGCCAAAAGUUCAUUUAGAAAAUACAAAGCAAACCUAUACAAGGGCCAGGAUUCAAUCCGAUCAGCGGUAACCCUCGUUAGCCGACAAACGCAGAGCUUUCAUAGAUUUUUUGGGGGCCAUUUAUCUGCUUUACAUGCUGACCAUACCAGACGCGUCACGUGCGCGAGCGUUGCAAAAUACACAUACAUGUUAUUCAAUCACUGCACCCACACUUCUCGCGCACGUCAGCGAGCAUCUGCGUAGCCAGGCGCUAAAAUAUAACUUGGUUGUAUUUGUGACGCUCAACGCACUGCAAGUCCUUCCU